GCCGCUUCACUCUCUCCCCGCCUGGGGGGGGUGAAGGCUUCAGCUCUCGUCCCGUCCCGUCCUGUCCGUGCCGUCCCGUCCCGCUGCAGCGCGGGGUCUCCGCGCCACCAUGGCCGGUCGCCUACUGCUCCUCCUGCUGUGCGCGGUGCAGACGGGCGAGCUCCGUGCUGAAGGAGGCGUAUUCAUCAAUAAAGAAAAUGCCGACAAGUUCUUGGAAAGAACAAAACGUGCUAACUCCUUCUGGGAGGAAUGGAAGAAAGGGAAUAUUGAAAGAGAAUGUAAUGAGGAGCGCUGCUCAAAAGAAGAAGCAAGAGAAGCGUUUGAAGACCAGGAGAAAACUGAGGAAUUCUGGAACAUCUAUGUAGAUGGGAACCAGUGCAGCUCAAGUCCUUGUCAGUAUGGCGGACAUUGUAAAGAUGGAAUUGGUUCCUACACUUGCUCAUGCUUGGAUGGUUAUCAAGGGAAGAACUGUGAAUUUGUCAUACCAAAAUACUGCAAAAUAAACAAUGGUGACUGUGAGCAGUUCUGCAGCGUCAGAAAGAGUAUACAGAAGGACGUUUUGUGUUCCUGUGCAAAAGGGUAUGCUCUAGCAGAGGAUGGCAAGCGCUGUGUUUCAACAGUAAAAUAUCCUUGUGGGAAAGUUUUUGUGAAAAGAAAAAAAAGGUCGGUUAUUUUACCCACUGAUAACACCAAUGUAACAGGUGAUGCAGAUACGGUUCCCACAUAUGAAACAAGUUUGGAAGAGGACAUUGUUACUACCACAGAAAGCCCAACCCCCCGUCCUGGCAAUGAAACAAAUAGCGAUACUCAAUAUGUCAAUACCAGGAUAGUAGGUGGUUAUGAAUGUCGUCUUGGUGAAUGUCCAUGGCAGGCUGUUUUGUUAAAUGAGGAAGGGGAAGAGUUUUGCGGUGGAACCAUUUUGAAUGAAAAUUUCAUACUUACUGCAGCUCAUUGCAUGAACCAAUCUAAAGAAAUCAAAGUUGUUGUUGGUGAAGUGGACAGAGAAAAGAAAGAACAGUCUGAAACAAUGCAUACUGUGGACAAAAUAUUUGUUCACUCUAAAUACGUUGUCGAGACUUACGACAAUGACAUAGCCUUAAUAAAGCUGAAGGAACCUAUAAUGUUUUCCGAGUACAUUAUAGCAGCAUGCAUCCCAGAAGCAGACUUUGCUAAUGAAGUUCUGAUGAACCAGAAAUCUGGGAUGGUCAGUGGCUUUGGGCGUGAAUUUGAAGGUGGACGACUCUCCAAAAAACUGAAAGCGCUCGAAGUCCCCUAUGUUGAUAGGAACACUUGCAAGCAAUCCACUAACUUUGCAAUAACAGAAAACAUGUUCUGUGCUGGUUAUGACACAGAGCAAAAAGAUGCAUGUCAAGGAGACAGUGGAGGCCCCCAUGUAACCAGAUAUAAGGAUACUUAUUUUGUUACUGGAAUUGUUAGCUGGGGAGAAGGAUGUGCAAAGAAAGGCAAAUAUGGUGUCUAUACCAAACUGUCCAGGUUCUUGCGCUGGGUAAAAAUAGUCAUGAGACAAAAUUUGUAGUGGUACAGCUCUUGAUCCUCUGUUAGAUAACAAGGUGCACUUUCUAUAAUGGAAACUCUAUUUGUAUCUUUUAGCCACAUCUACUAAACUUGUUUUGAGAGCUGAUUCCUUAAAGUUUUGGUGCUGCUUCUUUUUGUUUUAUUCCUGCUUUAAAGCAUGCACAUGUGGACUGCUGGUGUUGUUUGUACAAUGAGGGGCUUUACCCCCAGAAAAUGGCUGUUCAGUGUGGUCUUUCAUUAUUUUUAUAUUGACAUUUUGGUUCCUGCCUGUUCACCUAAGUGCUUCCACCAGGGGCUUCUGAACAUAUUAUGAACCUCCACUAAUCAUGGUGAAAGUGGGAAGGAGAGAACUUCAGUUAAUCCUCAUAUUGCAGCCAGCUGGCUCAGCAGGGAGUUUGUAAUUACUAGAGCUGUUUAGCUUUUGCCCCUGGAUGUAGUAAGAAGAUUAAGGGAGCAUGGAAGCUUGCUUGGUAAAAGCUGAGACACAGGUAAGUAUUCAACAGGUGAUGCUAAAUAACCACAUGUUCCACAAAAUUUCCUGCUUAGGUCACAGCAGCUGAUUAAAAAAGGGGGGGAUGGUGUGUGUGUGCGCUUUAUAUGGAUUGUACUUCACUUUAAUUUGAACACUUGUGUUCUACUCAUCAGAAAAGAAAAUGAGCGCAUGGUCACUGUUUUCUGAAUUGUGUGUGUGGCUGAGGAUCAGAAAGCUCCUUGCAUGUGUUUUAGGUGUUUCUGUAAGGUGCAAUAUUGAAUGUACACCAGCAUUUGAAAUAAAGAAUUCUUUCUUUUUU